AUGACGCCACCACUAAAAAGCAAUAUCUGGACUUACUUUAAAUUAGACAGAAAUAAUUCGGAGAAGUCUGAGUGUAAAAUAUGUGAUAAAAUUGUAACUCCUUUACAAGAAGCCAAGAAACAGCUUUCGUUGGAGGAAGCGCUACAAAAAGAAAAAAAGUGGAAAUUUAACAAUAAUAAUUCGAAAAAGAUUGAUAAACUUAUUGGAGAAAUGAUAGCGCUUCAAAAUUUACCAUUCAACAUUGUGGAGGGAGUUGGAUUUCGCCGUCUUGUGCAAGAAUUAACUCCGAAAUAUAAUUGUAGAGGACGCAUUUUUUUUACUGAUUUCGUGUGCAAUGAAUUGUAUGAAAAAGUGGCUGGGGAAGUUAAAGAAAUGAUUGGAAACUAUGAUUAUAUGUCAUUUACUUCAGAUAUAUGGACAGAUCCCAGUUCAGGUGCUUCUUUGCUUAGUCUGACUUGCCACGGAAUAUCAGAUAAAUUUGAGCGAUCGUCAAUUGUAUUAAAAUUCGAGACUUUUGAUGACCGUCAUACUGGUGACAUAAUUGCAGAAAACUUCAAGACAAUGCUUGCUGAAUGGAAUAUUUCAACUGAAAAAGUCCAUUUCAUAGUACGAGACGAGGACUCCAACAUGAAAAGAGGUAUGCGAUUAGCGUUGUCAGAUGACUUAGAUUGUACCGUUCAUAAGAUGCAGAUUACUAUAAGACAUGGUUUACAAUCACAGGAAAACAUAAAAGACGUCAAAGAAAAAUGUAAAAAAAUUUCAACUCAUUUUAACCAUUCAACUAUUGCUCAAAAGCAACUUGAGAAAAUUCAAGAUAGGCUAAAUCAACAGCAUUUGAAAGUAUUCCAGGAUUGCGUGACGCGCUGGAAUAGCACAGACUACAUGUUUGAGCGUUUUACUAAGAUAAAAGAUGCUUUGAGCCUUUACGCAAAUGACAACAAAAUGGAAUCAACUUUUCCAGAAAAGUGGAGAGUAAUAGAAUGUUGUCUUGAACUACUAAAACCUUUUGAAGAAGCCACUCAUGAAAUGAGUAGCUCACAGGCUCUCAUAUCAUCUAACGUUUAUGGCGGAGCGAACGAGCGUGAGUAG